AUGAAAACAACGCUAAUUUUAGCGACACUACUGCUAUUAGCAGUAGAUGCUGCAAAUCAUAAAGAAAAUGAUGUCGUAUAUUGUCAUCACACUAGACUCAAUCAUGAUUCCAAGUUGUCUCCAAUACAAUGCGUAGACCUUUGUAAACAAAAGGCAGCUGCGUGCGCCACGCCAACCACUCAAUCGAAAAGUAAUCCAAAAGCAGGAGGAAAACUUGUUAACAUCGCUUGUUUCAAUCAAAAGUAUAAAGAAUUACAUGAAAAUUGUAUAUUCACAUUUGGAAAAAAUGUCGAUCCGAACAUGAUAGUCUCAUCAGGAUUGGUUGCAGUAAGAGCCAGAACCGAUAAAACAGUCAAAUUCUCAAGGAUAAGUAAACCCACCGUAUUCGCACAAAUAUUAUCGGAUGAAGCACAACCAAGAUAUGGGAGGGUCAAAAUACAAAAUCUACAUGAAACCUCGUUUACACUAUCUGUAGAACCACAGGAUAUUAGUGAGACAAGGAAUGGCGAUAAUACAGAACCAAUCUAUUACGUUGCAUGGUUUGUAUUAGGAGAAGACACAAAACUAAAACAGUUUGGUGCAUACCAUGUACACCUACAAGUACUCAAUUUUGAAGAAAUCGAAACACGAACACUCACCAUAGAAGCCGAUGACAAUAAAGAUAGUAUUUGGUCGGAUAAUAUUGCACUGUUCGUCCAAGAGUUAACGCCAAAUAUUACCACUUCUGUCAUACUAUCCGUUCAAAAAGAUAGAAUAAUCGUGGAGGUAACACCAAAGGCUGUAGCCAAUGCAGCCAAACCAGGUGAAAAGUCAAAGGAUAACGCUGUCGCAUUGCUACUAGUUGAUAUGGAGUAUUUCAAAAAACAAGAGACGGUGACCUUCGGUACUGUACCAGUGUCCUCACCAGCCAUACACCCAAAAAAAGAUAGUUUCCACCUGGAAACACACGAUCUAGAAAACACACUGGUAUUUUUCACACCAUAUUAUAAUCGCAAUAGAGCGGCCGUACCAAAAGCUACAUGCUGGUCAAAUAUAACGUCAGCAACAGAAUGGAAUUUUGCCUGCAAAGCGGAACCUAUAUCACUAGUCCAAUUCGAAUAUGAGGGAACCCCAAACGUCGCUUUCUUAGCCGUUCAUGCUAUCACAGUUGACUCAGGUGAAGCCCUUAAUGAAUUCAGAUAUGGAAGUUGUAACUCGGCGUACUCAAAAAACAGCAAGGAAAUACAUAAAUCACCUAAAAAUAGAAUCAUGAAACAAGAUAUGGAAUGCAAACGUUUAUGUACCACACUCAGAAAUAGAUGUAAAGGAGAUCUCAACUGUGUACAAUCUUACAUGGGUAGAGAAUGUAUAAUGGGAGGCCUAGCAUCUGAGCAGAAAAAAAAAGAAGAGCGUAAACACAUGUUUGCAGACGCAGUGCAACUUCUAAAUUAUGAGUUAAAGGGAUCUGUAUGUGCCGGAAUGUAUGAUGCCAUGACGAUCGAACAGGUACAUGAACAACGAGUUUUUUGGAUAGGGGAAGCUCAAAGGAUAUGUGAGGAGAUAGAAAACAGUAACGAUAUACUGGUUGUAAUCGAUAUGCACUUAUCAUUCAAUUUAUGUGACGGAAUCAAAGAAGGAACAAGUGUUAUAUGGAAGUCACUAGAAUCAAUGAGAGACCACUAUACCAAAGAUGCAAAACCGGUACCUGUGGAAACAAUUUUCGACAAGAAACAUGUUUACGGGCUAUGUAUAUAUAAUGGACAUGUAAUCAUGCAAAACUACGCUGAUACGUUACCAAUACCUGAAGAAAUUGGUGACGAACCAGAAUCGGUAGAUUGUAUCGAAUCAGAAUGGGCAGAAUGGAGUCCAUGUAGCGCAGAAUGUAUGCCAGCAAAUGGAAGAGUAGUCAAAAGACGGUUCAGGUAUGUAAUACGACCACGAUCUGGAGAUGGACGACAGUGUGUCACUGAGGAAGUGAAGGAAUGCACAAACUAUGAAAUACCGAAUUGUAGAGAUAUAUGUCAACUCACAGAAUGGGGAGAAUGGUCUUCUUGUUCAAAUAAUACAAAACAGAGAGAACGUUUUAUCAAAAUUUAUAGUCGACGCUGUGACGACGUACAAUUGACGGAAAUACAAGGAUGCAUGUCUAAAGAUCAAGUAAUAUCAACAUGGGAUGAGGAAGAAGAUGAUUUCUAUGGACAAGAUUAUGAUACACAAGCGCUGGGUGGUGAUCUAGGGGAUGACAUGGACCUAGAACAUGGUUACGGGUUUUUGGAGACACAGAACACUGUUAAAGUUGGCGACGAACAACAGUCAACAGACGAACCUUUGGAUAGUACUAAUGAUCGAUCUGAAGAAAAUUUCAAACGGAGGAAACGCAGAAGAAGUGGGAAAGGAAAACCAAUAGAUGGUACUUCCUUUUUCGAAACCCAAGGACCACAAGAAUCAGAACACUGCCUGCUAUGGUCAGAAUGGUCCGGAUGCUCAUCAGCAUGUGAUGAUGAAGAAGGACAUGAGUACAAGUUGUCAAGCGCUUGUGAUCCUCAUAGUAUAUACGACCUGGCUGACGAGACGGAGUCACGCAAAUGCCUUGAACAAGAAAAAUGUGGACUCGUCGAUAGAAUAAAUUGUGAUACUGUCAAGAGUGCAUUCUUCUCGGAAGUAGAAGAUGCAGAAUGCCGAAGAGAAUGUUCACGACUAGUUUCAUUGUGCAGAGAUGAAAAGGAAACUAGUAAUAUGUCAUGUUUUGCCAGACUUAAAGCAGAUUCACUGGAAUCUGGUGGGUUCUUCUUUAAAUGUAUAUUCCCAGAAGAGGAGGAAAGAACGAUACAGUUGAUGCAUACUUUGUUCCGCAAUAAAUGCUUCCUAUCAAGGGCCGCGUACUCAGUAAAGGAUAAUUCGUGGGUCAACGAUAAAAACCAGAGCUGCCACUGCUCUAUCCCAGGUUCCGUACCAUGUACAGCUAAAGAAAUACACUACACCCGUGGUGAAGUAUUCCGAGAUCUUAUAGAAUCAGGUUUCUGCCCCAGCUUAAACUAUAAACAGUCGUUUUUCAACAUUUCAAAGGAAAAUGCAACACCAGAUUCACUAACCUAUGUCUCUCUGGCAGAUAACAAACGCCUGCACUGCCCACUUGAAGUAAAUGAAACAUUCACAUACACGCAGUUCAAGACGGGAGAACUGGAAAACUUCUGUCGACAUGGACCCAUAUAUGCUGCACUUCGGCCAACGGUAGAAAAUCCAGUAAAGCAGUAUCCACAUAAUUACGACUGCGCAACUGCAGCAGCGGCAGGCAAAGACGCAUCGGAUCUAGAAUGCAUGGGACUAUGCCGAACUAUGAGAACGAGGUGUGCUUCGAGUCAUGAGUCCUUUUUAAGGUGUGUGAAACAACGACUUACUGGAGAACUACCAUAUGAGUCGCACCUAUUCAAUAAAUAUGGUUGCCGUCUACCGUCUACAUUAGACGCCACAUUCGAUGUGGACUACUAUCGCGUCUACGUCUCAACAUUCGACACAGAACAAAUCGACAAAAAAGCAUGUGCCAUACUCACACAGAACGCUAUCAUGCAAUGUGAGGCCAACGAACUGCUUAAGAACCACAAUUCCAUGACAUGGUGUAUGGCAUCCUUGCUCGGAGAAGUAGAACCAACAACGACCGCCACGCCAAGGAUACCAAUAGAACCCAUGCCAGAUACGGCUGAACGCUUCAAAGAAAAAUGUAAAUUUGUACCUUCACGUAAAGCGGGUAGCGGAUAUGUUAUGUGUAGGUUCCCUACCGAAAAAGAAAGCUAUGCUAAUUGGAGCGAAUGGUCCGAGUGCACGGCCGAUUGCAACGACUUCGAGUCCGUAGCCACACGCUACAGGACACGAAAAGUGGCUAAAGAUGCAGAAAACUCAUUCUUCCAUGUAGGAGAAGGAACACUGCAGUUCGAACUCUGUCUACACUUGGGCGGCUGUGAAAAAGGUAGAUGGGUAGACAGCCUUAGUGAAACGGACGAAACCAUCCACAUAUUGGACUAUGAAGCACAUAAAGGAGAGAAUGAUGACCGAGCCAAUAAUUGGCUCGAAGAAACAUACCGACAACAUCCAGAGCUUCGAAAUGCAGCUGUCGAAGACGCAACAUGCCAUAUAUACAAGUCACAAAAAAUCAUGACAUCAAAGGGAGUGACGUGUGGUUGCCCUCGUGGACAAAAAUCAUGCUCAUUCGCUACAGCAAUGUCUAAUCCUAUGUGGAUGGUAGGUAUGGAAAACUUCUGUCGAACUCGACCUCUGGCGUCCAUCGUUUUCGAAGGAGAGCUUAGCUACUAUCAAUAUAACUGCAAAAUCGGAAUGUUAUUAAGACAUACACGAGACAGUGAAACAUUGGAAUGUGAUUACUUCGACAAUAACGAAUAUGUCGCGUGCCAAGAAUCGGAGACACAACCUCUAACAUUGCGCUCCAAACACUUCACGCUCAUGGGAGUAUGCCUGGGCAUUGUAUUCUGCGCAUACUCAGCAAUGCGCCAUGUGAUUAAAAUGCGUAGGAGACGCUCUAGCCAACAUAAAAAGAGCGAGUAA